AUCAAAUCAAAACUAAACUAAAGCCCAAACCCCCACUCCCUCUCUCUCUCGCACGCGCUCUCUCUCUCUCUCUCUCUCGGCGGAAUUUGUUCAACAAAAUCGCUCCAAGUCCAGCUCUGAUCAUUCUGAUUAAGGUCAAAGUAGAUCUCCCAUUUGUUGCUUGUCUAUUUCAACAAGAAAUUUCAUGUCUGAACUAGACGUCCCGAUUUCAACUGCUUUCGAUCCUUUUGCCGAGGCCAGUGCUGAGGACUCAGGUGCUGGUACAAAGGAGUAUGUGCAUGUGCGUACUCAGCAGCGCAAUGGGAGAAAAAGCUUGACCACUGUGCAGGGGCUGAAGAAGGAAUUUAGCUAUAACAAGAUUCUCAAAGACCUCAAGAAAGAGUUCUGCUGUAAUGGUACUGUUGUCCAGGACCCUGAGUUAGGACAGGUCAUUCAACUUCAGGGUGAUCAAAGGAAGAAUGUCUCCACUUUCCUUGUGCAGGCUGGCAUUGUGAAGAAGGAAAACAUCAAGAUUCACGGUUUUUAGAAAGCAGCAGAUCAAUUUCCCACUUAGUUUCUCAUCCCCAACCUAUGUCAUCACUUAGAAUACUAUCUUAUCUAUUAUACACUUUACCAACAAUUCGAAUGUAUUCUCUCAACCACAAGAUGCUUUGCCAUCAGUUGUGCUGGUAUAUGUAUGUUUUAAGAGCUUGAUACGUUACAUUAUGAUUCAAGUUACUAGUUUGGCUACCUGCUGCCACAACCAAUGUUGGUAUUGGGAAUAAAUUUUCCUCUUUGGACAGUACGGAAAUGUCAGUCAAUUUGUUUA